UACACACAAAAAUCCAACCUGCAGGGCCAUCACAACCUGCAAACUAGGAGGAAGGAGAGAGAGAGAGAGAGAUUCCUGACCACAGCAGAGAAUUUCAAAGCGAGAGAGAGAGAGAGAAAAAUCUUCAACACAAUGAAAAAUAAUUAAAGUGCUGAAGAGAACCCGGACUUUUAACAAGAGGAUUUGAGGGGCGAUGGAGAUGCAGUAUAAAGAGUGGAUCCUGGAGACUAUUGACUCUUUGCGGACCCGGAAGGCUCGGCCCGAUGUGGAGCGGAUCUGCCGAAUGAUCGAGCGCAAAUACGGUCUGUCCCCGGCCGAGACCCAGCAGCAGCUGGAGAAGCUGGUGCGGGCCGAGCUGGUCAUCAAAGUGGCUUAUAAAGGCUCCAACAGCUACCGGAACGCGGCCAAAUGGUACAAAAACAAGCAGAGGAAGAAACCAGCCCCCGCCAGCCCCGGGGAUGGUGCCCCGGCCUCGGUGACCCCGGUAGCGGGCUCCAGGAGCAUCCUGCAGGCGGUCAGCGAGCUCCACAAGCGCAGCCAGAGGCGCCACCCGCCGCAGCCGCAACACCUCGGCUGCCAGCAGCAACCCGACAGAUACUCCAGCCCCAGCCAGCCCCCAGAGCCCGGCCAGCAGCAGGAGGAAGGGGCGCCGGACGAAGGCUGGAGGGGUGUCAGCCUCCGGGACAUCGAGAGGCACUUGGCAGCCGCCCCCCCGCACGCCCCCGGGGCGCGGAGGCUGGCUCGGGCCAGGCUGCAGCUGGCGCUCAAGCGGGAGACGAGCAGGGGCCGGCUGCUGCAGACGGCGUCCGGGCACUACACCCUGCCCCCGCCGCCCCCGCCCGGGCCGGGACCAGGGCAGGGUACCGGGCGGAGGAGGAGGAAGGAGAAGCUGGAGAUGAACGGGGCACCAGGAGGAGGCGCUGCACUCACCCCUAAGGGAUACACGAGGACUCGGAAAGAGGAAGCAAUUGAACCGAAUGCUUUGUUAAUUAACCCUCCGGCAGCUGCAGCCUCUCCUGACAGCGAGUGUAUGGAAGCAGAACUAAAGGAUAUCGAAGAAUGGAACAGUACUCCAGAUUUGGAGCAAGAUGUCUGUGGGACUGAGUCAUUGGAACCCACAUCCAAACAGAACAACUGCAAGAAUAAUAAAGCUCCAAACUACACACAUCCAACUGAAUCGUCGGUAUUCUUGAAUUGUGACACUUAUAAGAAGUCUCGUGACAUGAACAGUCAUACCCAGGAUGUGUCAGGACACUCCACAGAUCAAUGGUCGUAUGGAGAAUGUGUGUCUAGCUCCAGGGAAGAAACUGGACAAAGGAUGUUACUCAUUCGACUUGCCUCUCCUGAUCCUGCCCUGAAACAUGACACAGCCAAGGAGGAAGCUAUUCCUGAGCAGGGAGCAGCAGUUCCUGAAUUACGAGGAGCCUCCUGUCUCCCCACCCCCUCAGCGUCUCCUGUCGAGAUGGAGACUAUCGAAAGUGGCUCAACGAAAAGCCCGACAGAAAAUGGGAAGCUGCUUGAUCCUGCGGAAUGGACAAUUUUAGACGUUUUCAAUUACUUCAAGAAAGCUGGCUUUGAAGACCAGGCUGUCGCCUUCCAGGAACAGGAGAUAGAUGGCAAAUCCUUACUCCUCAUGAAGAGAAGCGACGUUCUGACAGGCCUCUCGAUCAAGCUGGGCCCUGCACUCAAGAUUUACGAGUACCACGUGAAAGCGUUACAGUUACACCACCUGAAAAGCAGCUCCCUGUAGUGCUACAGGUGGUCUGGGAACUCGCGGGUACCUUUUGGGGGUGGGUUGGUGUGGGAGAGGGAGGGGGAGGGGGUGUCGAAAUCCAGCCGCCAUUUCCUCACGGCUACCACCUCCCCCUCCCCAGUUCCUCCUGAUGGUUGCAUGUAGGACAAUGUCCUCCUGUUUGUGAGUGUGGAUUGCAGACGCUCGGUGUCAUAGGAAAUUGUUUGAGUGCUUUUCGAGACCUCGGGCAGGGAGCAGGACUUUCGAUGAGGCAACACGGCUGUGUGCAUCAACUCUGGGAGCUCUCUUCCAUCUGCUUCUGAGUUGUGGUGCUUUGACGUCACCAGUGACUGACGUUGUGUUUACUCCGGUACACAUCGUGACCUGAGGGAACUCUCAAACCCUUGACCAGACGGCUGUGGGACUCCUGCAAUAAUUCAUUGCUUUUGACUGUGGAUUUUUUGCCCUGGGCACUUUUGCAAGAGAGAUAAUGUCCACGUUUGCAAAAUCCUCCAUUUUAUAUUAACGUGUAGCCUUUAAGCGGGUGCAGAUGGAUGGCUGGAAGAGUUUACCUGGCUUUCCAGUUUUAGCGUUUGACUGACACUGUCGUUGUCAAUUUUAAUGUCGAAGGCUGUGUCUCGGAAUGUGGCUUUGGCUCUGUGCUGAAGGGUCCGCAACUUCUGUGCAUCUUUUUAGCUGAAAAGUGGGUGAGGUCGCCCAACCCAAAGUGGAAGAUUUUUGGAUUUUGGUCUGACCUGUCUUUCCUCGCCUCAUGUUGAGCUUCAGAGGGUCAGUAACGAGGCACUCCCUUCCAGACAGGGUGGUGUUCGCUAGCUCUGUAAAGAUCCCGCCCACCAACAGUUCAUGGAGGGAGCCAGGCCUCAAACUGAGAGCAGCAGACACGAGACGUGAUUGUCAAACCCAUUUCCGGAGGGCCCGUUUGAUGGUUACAGAGAAGGAGAGAUGAAAAGGAGUUACUUUUCAUUCAUGGAAAGUGUGUGUGGUUGGCAGGGCCAGCUUACAACCAUAAAAUACACAAGCAGAAUGAGGCCAUUCAGCCCAUCGAGUCUGCUCCGCCAUUCAAUCAUGGCUGAUCUGUUUCUCAACCCCAUUCUCCUGCUUUCUCCCCAUAACCUUUGAUCUCCUUCACAGUCAAGGACCUAUCUAUCUGUCUUAAAUACACUCAGUGACUUGGCCUCUGUAGCAAUCGAUUCCACAGAUUCACCAACAAAAGCAGAAGUUGCUGGAAAAGCCAGUACCUGUGAAGAGAAAUCGGAGUUAACAUUUCAGUCCCGUGACUCUUCCACAGAUUCCCCACUCCUUGGUUGCAGAAAUUUCUCCCUCUCUCAGUUCUAAAGGGUCGUCCUUUCAGUCUUGAGGCUAUGCCCUAGUGUUCUGGUCUCUCCUACUGGUGGGAGCAUCUCCACUUCCACUCACCCAGGCCUCAGGAAAUUUCAGUCAGAUUCCUCUCGUCCUUCUAAACUCCAUUGAGUACAGACCCAGAGUUCUCAAAUGACAAUCCCUUCAUCCCCAGGAUCAUUCCUGUAAACUCCUCCGGACACCCACUAAUUCCAGCAGAUCCAGGGUGGCACGGUGGCACAGUGGUUAGCACUGCUGCCUCACAGCGCCAGGGACCUGGGUUCGAUUCCUGCCUCAGGCGACUGACUGUGUGGAGUUUGCACGUUCUCCCCGUGUCUGCGUGGGUUUCCUCCGGGUGCUCCGGUUUCCUCCCACUGUCCAAAGAUGUGCGGGUCAGGUGAAUUGGCCAUGCUAAAUUGCCCGUAGUGUUAGGUAAGGGGUAUGGGUGGGUUGCGCUUCGGCGGGUCGGUGUGGACUUGUUGGGCCGAAGGGCCUGUUUCCACACUGUAAGUAAUCUAAUCUAAAAAAAAUCCUUCCUCGGAUAUGGGUUCCAAAACCACUCUCCGUAUUCUAAAUGCAUCUAACUAGAGCCUUAUACAGCCUCAGCAGUACAUCCCUGCUCUUGUAAUGAAUAGCAUUUAUUGUCCAUCCUAAUUGCCCAGAGGGCAGUUAAGAUUCACCCACAUUGCUGUGGGUUUGGAGUCACAUGUAGGCCAGACCAGGGUAAGAAUGGCAGAUUUCCUUCCUUAAAAACCAAGUCGGUUUUUACAACAAUCAACAGUCAUCUUCGUGGUUACCAUUAGGCUAACUUUUUAAUUCCAGAUUUUCUUCUUUCUUUGAAUUCAAGCUUCGAGUAAAAAAUGAGGUCUGCAGAUGCUGGAGAUCACAGCUGAAAAUGUGUUGCUGGUUAAAGCACAGCAGGUUAGGCAGCAUCUCCUGAUGAAGGGCUUAUGCUCGAAACGUCGAAUUCCCUAUUCCUGAGAUGCUGCCUAACCUGCUGUGCUUUAACCAGCAAUACAUUUUCAGUUGAAUUCAAGCUUGACCAUUUAUCAGGGUGGGAUUUGAACCCAUAUCCUCAGAAGGCAUUCUGGACUGCUAGGCCACUGAGAUUACUACUGUGCCUCUGUCUCCCCAUUCAACCUCAUUCCCAACCCCCAUGCAGCUCAAAACGUUUGGUCAUAUUCUUCAUGAAGGAAGUUCUGUAUAAUUUGCGGAAUAAAAUCCGUAAAAACUGUGGAUGCCGUAAAUCACAAACAAAACAGAAUUUGCUGGAAAAUCUCAGCAGGUCUGGCAGCAUCUGUGGAGAGAAAUCAGAGUUAAUAUUUCGGGUCCAGUGACACUUCAGAAUAAAUGGCAAGUUGACCAGGUACAUACAGCACACAGACUGCAGUGGUUCAACAAAGCAGCUUAGUACCACCUUCUCGAGGAGCAAAUAGGGACGAACAAUAAAUGCUGGGCCCAGCCAAUGACACCCACGUCCUGAAAGUGAAAUAUUGCCCCUAUUUCAUAUCCCCAGAUUCAGAAAAGUGAGGAUGGUUUAAUAAUUUUUACAGAUUAUGUUGCUGUGUUGUGUAUUUACAUAGAAAAUUAUGUAGCAGUAGUAAUCUCCUUGACAAUUACUAUCCAUCACAUUUUCCAUUACUAGUGACCUACACUGACCUGAAGAUGAGUCAUUCGCUCUCAUUGUAGAAGGACGCGGCCUUUGAAUCGAUUUGGCAAUGUAAGUUGUAUGCUUAGAAGGUCCCUUUAGUUUAGUCUCUAGCACAUCCCAAGAUAAAAUUAUGAGGGGCAUGGAUAGGAUAAAUAGGCAAAGUCUUUUCCCUGGGGUGGGGGACUACAGAACUAGAGGGCAUAGGUUUAGGGUGAGAGGGGAAAGAUAUAAAAGAGACCUGAGGGGCAACUUUUUCACACACACGGUGGUAGGUGUAUGGAAUGAGCUGCCAGAGGAUGUGGUGGAGGCUGGUACAAUUGCAACAUAGAAGAGGCAUUUGGAUGGGGAUAUGAAUAGGAAGGGUUUGGAGGGAUAUGGGCCGGGUGUUGGCAGGUGAGACUAGAUUGGGUUGGGAUAUCUGGUCGGCAUGGACGGGUGGGACCUAAGGGUCUGUUUCCAUGCUGUACAUCUCUAUGACUCUGAGGGGCUAGGGGCCAGGUGGUAUCAAGCAUCAUAGUUUCUAUUGAUACUUGUCUUCAAGCAGAUAAAAGUAAGGGACAAUGCAAUGCUCUAUCUCUCACUCUCUCUCUCUCAACCUCUCUCUCUCUCUCUCUCUCUCUCUCUCUCUCCCCCCUCAAUCUCUGCCCACCUCUGAAGCAAAUCUCUUUCUGCUUAGUUCUAAGUAAGGGUGGCUGGAUCUGAAGUGUUAACUCUGCAGUCUCUCCACAGCGGCUGUGAGUUUCUCCCGCUGCUUCUGGUUCUUGCCGACAGUUGGUUUCUUUUCCUCUCUGCUCAAGCUAUGAUUGGAAGCUGAGCACACGCUGAGAUAUAGCAACAAGUGAAGUUGUUACAGUUCAGCGAUUUUCCCCUCCAUCCUUCCAUUUUCACAGCCCAGUGAGAAAUUUGCAUAAGCAGUUGGUAGCACCACUCCAAGUCAAACUUGUGUUGCUCAGAGAUGAGACAUUGAGUGGCAUUGCUGAUUCUAAUCAGCUUUAACCAAGAACCUUAUGAUCAUGAUAUUGCAAAAUGUGGGCUGUUUACAGUGUUAUCCCAGCCUUUUUAAUAGUUUAUCAUUGAACUUGCAACAGGCUAAUACCAAAUAGUUGAAUUUAUUUACGGUUAAGCACUACACAAAAUCUAAAAGUGACAACAGGGAAUGAAGAUGAGUCAUAUCAGACUUUAAACUUCCUCUCCCCACAGACCUGCUGAGUUUCUCUAGCACUUUCUGUUUUUAUUUUAGAUUUCUGGCAUCUGCAGUACUUUGCUUUUAUUAGCCAGGUGCUGAAACCACACAAUCAUCUUCAUUAAAAUAAAGUAACCUUCCUUCAGAUGGACCGCAGUGUGUCCAAGUGGCAACUCCCUUUCACCUUCUCAAGGGCAGAUUGGGACGAGCAGUAACGGUUAGCCCAGACAGGGAUGUCCCUGCCCUGGGGGUGAAACUAUUUAUAAUCAGCCUGUGGCUGGGUGGGUUAUCGUCAUCUUUUGGGAAAUGAGCUUGUGAGAUUUGAGGACCAACAGGGUUUUUUUUGAAUGCUGCUUUCAAGAAAUAUUUUGAAAAGGAGGAUGGUGGGUGUGCCGUCAGAGCCCAGGUUUUGAUUAGUAAAGGGAGGUCUUUUAGAACAAGGUACAAUAGGAAAAGGCCCUUCAGCCCACAUGACGCCAAAUUAAACUCAUCCCUUCUGCCUGCCCUUGGUCCAUAUCGCUCCAUUCCUUGCAUAUUCAUGUGCUUAUCUAUAAGUGUCUUAAACCUCCUUAUUGUAUCUGUCUCUGCCACCACCCCUGGCAGUCUCCUACCAGUCUGUGUGAAAAACCUGCUCCUCACAUCUCAUUUGAACUUUCCCCGUCAGCUCAAAUGCAUGCUCUCUAGUUUUAGAUGUUUCAACUCUGGGAAAAAGAUUCUAACCAUCAGCCCUAUCUAUGCAUCUCAUAAUUUUAUAAACUCCUAUCAAGUUUCCCCUCCGCCUUUGUCGCUCCAGAGAAAACAAUCAAGAGUUUCUCUAGCCUCUCCUUGUAAUUCAUUCCGUCUAAUCAAGGCAGCAUCCUGGUAAACCCCUUCUACACCCUCUCUAAAGACUCCACAUCCUUCCUGUAAUGUGGUGACCAGAAUUGAACAUAAUACUCUAAGUGCGGCCUAACAGAGUCUUAUAAAGUUGUAACAUGGCAUCCUAACUCUUGUACUCAAUUCGCCAACCAAUAAAGACAAGCAUGCCACAUGCCACCUUCACCAUCCUGCCUACUUGCUUGGUGAAGAUUUUUACCCAAAGAGCAGAAAUAAAAUCCAGAAACCAAGGAUAUAAUUUUAUAUCGUGGAGGACACCAUUUCUUGUUAAUUUAAUGUAAAUUUCACCAAAGGUUCUCAGACAGCACCUGUCAAACCCAUCUGCA